AUGCCGUUAUUCCUAGAAACCACGGUUGGAGAGUCGCUCACAGCUCGAACCAACGCGCUGGCAACGUUCAAGGAGCUGGGUCCCCCCGACCUGGUGCACUUGACCAAGGUGGACCACCGAGGCGAGUCCGGGACCUACCACUACGUUAUUGGUGUCGACGUGUCGUCUGCGGCGUCUGUGGCCGUCCACCUCAACCAACUGACCUACUCUCUUGGAGAGGAGCAGCUGUGGUUUGGCAAGCCCCAGACAUGGAAGAUUACCCAAGGUCUGCUGUGUUCGUUCAAUGCCUUCACCAAGUGUGACGUACGAAUCAUUGUAAAGAUCCCCGGCGGCGUGGAGUCGUACUUUGUGGACCCUCGAGGCGAGAGACACUCCAUGACCGACCAGGUGUGGCUGGAAACAUACAUGAGUGCCAUGAUCCGGUCGUUACUGUUUGCCGACGACGACACUUUCUUGACGCAUGGCUGUCUCAAGCUGCGACCUCUGCCGCUGAAGAAGAAGAAUGUGGUCAACGGCGACUCUGACGAGGGCAACUCGUCCAAGAAGGACGCCACUUCACUGCCCAGCUUGAUCCCCGAUUCCGACAAUGACGUCUAUCUUGGCGGCGACUUCUUCCUUGACACCUUUGAGCGUCUUUUCGGCAUUGGGCCUCUUUCGGGCGCCUGUUCAGAGAUCCAGGUGCCUACUCUCGUCAGCAAUUAUCUUGUUGACGCGUUCAUGGCCUUCAUGCGAAUCACCCGGCUGUACGACAGAGGUCUGGAGAUUGUGCGACGUUUGCAGACCGAGUACCCCGAGGUGGUGUCUCUGAUUGCACGAAUCCAGCUGCUGAUGGACGAGGAGGUGGAAGCCGUUAAGACCAUGGUAAAGGGCUUGGAGGAGAAUGGCCGGGACGCAGAUCUGCUCUCCCUGCAGGCCGAGUUCCUGCUGUCCAAGAACCGAGAGGAUAUGGCUCUUGGAUGCGCCACACGAGCCGUCAACUCUGCUCCCUCAGAGUCCAAGCUGUGGACAGAGCUGGUGCAGGUGUAUAUUCGCCAGAAGGAUUGGGAAAACGCCCUUCUAACGCUCAACUCUUGUCCCAUGUUCACAUACCACGAGCACGACCAGCAUCGAAUGCCCGCCCCCGCCAAGAGUCACUACCCCCUGCCUCUGGAUGGCAUUCUCAAGGACGUUUACGAGGCGUCGCAGGUCGACCAGACCGAGGAGCAUGCGCAGAUCGACCCCAAGCUCCUGAAGCUACCCGCCCCCAACCUGCGGGCCACCUUUGCCAAGGUCUACGAACAUCUUACGGCCAUUGUUCACGAGAUUGGCUGGGACCAGCUGCUGGAGGUGCGAUCACGUGUGUUUGUGAUGGAUGAGGAGUACAAACGUGGCGGCCGUAGCGACAAGUCGAACAACCAGUCUGGGUCUGCUUCUACUGCGGCCAUCCCACCUGCUUCCGCCACUGCCUCGGUUGCUGGAUCUACCACUGCCGUCGGAUCUGCUGGUCUCACGGCGCCUGAAACCUCACACGCCAACGUCUCGUCGACAAGCGUGUCUGCACCGCAGUUCCGACACAAGCGACUGUGCGAGCGGUGGCUGGACAAUCUGUUUAUGGUGCUGUACGAGGAUCUCAAGGUGUACACUGUGUGGCGGGCCGAGAUGCUGUACUCGCAGAGCGAAAACCGGCCGUUUGAGAAACAUGCGCUGGAGUGGGAGAUUUUGGGUCUGGUUGCAUUCCGUCUGCGGCAUUAUAACGAGGCUGUUGACGCAUUUAUGCACUCGCUUUCGGCUCGGUUCUCUGCACGUGUGUGCUGGAAGCUCUUGCAGUACUACUCGGACGUGUAUCCCGAGCAGGAGAAGCAGCUUGCUCCUCAGGUGAGCAAGACUGUUGCCCGGGUGGCCGAGGAGCGGGAGAUUGAUGUGCUUGUGCGGCUCGUGUCCUUCAACCACCGGUGCUACUCGGUUUUCUCCGUCAAGCUUAUUGAGGCGUACCGAAAGCUGGUGGAUCGGGACGGCCUGGUCAAGAUCCAGAACCGGAUCCGAGCCAUUUUCUAUGAUGACAAGGGCGUGUUGGAGCUGGUCAACGAGGUGUUCCAGGGAAUUCACUAG